UUCCAACAUCGUCAGGGUUAGAGCUAGUUAGUGGGAAAAGCUUAUAUAAGAUUACCAAGCGUUUGCAUCUGGCUUCUGGACCGCGUCAUCAGUCCCAGCUGAUUAGAUUGUGUCCUAAAGGUAUAUUUGACACCAGCAUCCAGCCCUCUCCUAUUUCUCCUUGUACACUCCCAUUCACUCCCUCGUCACUGAUUCUUGGGUUGAGUGGGAUCCUUCCCCCGCAUUAUAUAUAUUAUAAUGUGACAUGAUAGUAGUAUUUAUAUUUAUAUAAAGCUGCAAGUUUGUCUAAGCAUCAAUAUGACUUCAUUUGGACACCUGCGCAAUUCCCUGACACUCCCUUUCCUACCCUUUGAGCAUAAGAACCUGAAUUCCACAUAGACUCCUCCAGAGGGCGCACGCUAACAAGCCCUUCCCUAAUGGGCCACUGGAGAGCUAAAGUCACGGCUACUUUUUCAGAGGAGGCUGAGAAGGAAGUGACGGCUGUGAACCUUGCAACUCUAGGACGCCAUAUUCUCUCUCUUUAACCCCUGGAGCUCCGCGGGAGGCGAAGAGUUGGCGGGAGAGCCUCGCGGGGGAAAAGAUUCACACCUGUCUUAGGUGGGGAGGUACACAAAUUGGAAGUGAUUUCUACAUCUUUGCAUAUACACAAGAUUAUUUCUUAGCUAAAGGCAGGCGGCAACAGAAUUUCAAGAAGCAGACUUAUGAAUGAAAUGUCUUUAGGAGAUCCAGAAGAUUUCUUGUACCCAUUUGGAGUUGCCUUACAGGACAGAGGCAGGAUGGAGACAGAACUUUUAGCAAGUGAAGCGACUGGAAAAAAUCUUUCGGUUGUUCAGCCUGGCAGCUGUGGAGAGAUCUGGGCAAGAAGCGGGCAGAAGAUCCCGGAGAAGGAACCCAUCCUCCAUUCAGAAGUUCAGCCCUGCAGCUUCAGGAGCAUCCAAUACCAGGAGGCUGAGGGCCCCCGAGGACUUUGCAGCCGACUCCAUGACAUUUGUAGGCGAUGGCUGAGACCAGAAAAGCACACCAAAAUGCAGAUGCUUGAUCUGGUUGUUCUGGAGCAGCUGCUGAUCCUUCUGCCCCCCCUCCCCCCAGAUGGAGAGCUCAGUGCGGAGACCAGCUCCCAGGCGGUGGCUCUGUUGGAAGCCUUUGUUUUGAGUCAGGUGGAGGAACAAAAGGAGCAGAUCAAGUCCCAGGAGGGCCAUGUGUCCUUUGAAGAGGUGACUGUAUAUUUCUCUGAGGAGGAGUGGUCUCGACUGGAUCCUGACCAAAAAACGCUGCAUUGGGAAGUCAUGGUGGAAAAUCAUAGGAAUGUGGCCUCUCUGGAUAAUAAUGGACAAGAAAAUGAAAAUUCCCAAGAACCAUUCCGAGGGAUGACUCGUGGAGACAGACUGGAGAAGCCUGCAAAUCAAAUGGUAGUAGAGAGACAUGAGAGAAACCAGUCAAAUAAUUGGAAUCGGGAAAGUUCUUCCAUUGAUGCUCCAAUGCAGGACUUUCUUGCCCAACAAGGAAAAAUAAAGAAAAAAUGCAUUACGAAAAACGUAAAACUGUUCAAAGACAAAUUAGAUGUGAAUGAACACGAUCCAACCCAAACCAAAGGAGAAAGUAAAAUAUGCAGAGGCAAUGGAAAAAAAUUGACUCUUUCUUGUGAAAAGGAGUCCUUUACAUCUCAGAAAAGGAUACAUGUAGGAGAGAAGCCGUAUACAUGUUUGGAAUGUGGAAAGAGCUUCAGAAGAAGCAGUCAUCUUACUUCCCAUAACUGGAUCCACACAGGGGAGAGGCCAUAUAACUGUAUGCAGUGUGGAAAGGGCUUCAGUGAAAGGAGUUCUUUUAUUUCCCAUAAAAGGAUCCACACAGGGGAGAAGCCAUAUAAAUGCCCUGAAUGUGGAAAGGGCUUUAUUAAGAGCAGUCAUCUUACCUCCCAUAAAAGAGUCCACACAGAGGAGAAGCCGUAUAAGUGCACAGAGUGUGGAAAGAGUUUCAGAGAGAGCGGUUCCCUUACAUGUCAUAAAAGGAUCCACACAGGAGAGAAGCCAUAUCAAUGCAUGGAGUGUGGGAAGAGCUUUAUUCAGAGCAGUCAACUUACUUCGCAUAAAAGGAAACACACAGGGGAGAAGCCAUAUCAGUGCAUGGAGUGUGGGAAGAGCUUUACUAAGAACAGUAGUCUUACUUCCCAUAAAAGGAUCCACACAGGGGUGAAGCCAUAUAAAUGCCCUGAAUGUGGAAAGGGCUUUAUUAAGAGCAGUCAUCUUACCUCCCAUAAACGAAUCCAUACAGAGGAGAAGCCGUAUAAGUGCACAGAGUGUGGAAAGAGUUUCAGAGAGAACCGUUCCCUUACAUGUCAUAAAAGGAUCCACACAGGAGAGAAGCCAUAUCAAUGCAUCGAGUGUGGCAAGACCUUUAUUCAGAACAGUAGUCUUACUUCCCAUAAAAGGAUCCAUACAGGAGAGAAGCCCUAUAAAUGCAUGGAGUGUGGAAAGAGCUUCACUUUUAGUCAUUCUCUUACUAUGCAUUACUGGAUCCAUACAGGGGAGAAGCCAUAUAAGUGCACAAAGUGUGGAAAGAGCUUCCGUGGAAAUUCGUCUCUUACUGUUCAUAAAAGGAUCCACACAGGAGAGAGGCCCUAUAAAUGCAUUGAAUGUGGAAAGAGCUUCCCUAAUAGCGGUGACUUUGUUUUCCAUAAAAAGAUCCACACGGGGGAGAAGCCACAUAAAUGCAUGGAGUGUGGGAAGAGCUUUAUUAAGAACUCCCAACUUAUUUACCAUAGUAGGAUACAUACCGGGGAGAAGCCUUUUAAAUGCAUGGAAUGUGGAAAGAGUUUUUCUAUGAACAGUUAUCUUAAUACCCAUAAAAAGAUCCACAUAGGGGAGAAGCCUUAUAAGUGUAUGCUGUGUGGAAAAUGUUUUAUGACAAGCAGUAAUUUUAACUCUCAUAAAAGGAUCCACAAACUGUAGAAGCCAUACAAGUCUGUGAAAUAUGGGAAAAUUUCAAGAGAACCAAUGACCGAAUCUUCCAUAUACGGGUACAUUUGGGUGAGAAUCUGUUUCAUGUUCCAUAUACAUGUUUAAUGUUUAAAUGUUCGGUUUAGUUUUUGAAAUAUAUGCAUUUCCUAAUUACA